AUGAACGCCAAACCCAACGAAGUACCCGACGAGAGAUGUGGCGGUGGUUUCGGUUACGGGUACCCCUGGUUUGGUUUCCAGGCGUCGCCCAACCCGUUUAUCCGGCUCAACGGGUUCAACGCAUUUGACCUAUUGCUGGACAACCCGGUAUUCAACAACCCGGUGCUGGACAACCAGGUGCUUAACAGGCAGGGGCUCAACAAACAGGUGCUGGACCGGCAGUUUGAUCUUAAUAUAUCAGCAGCUUCUGUGAAUACCCUUCCCAUUGGUAAACCCGAGGCUAAAUGUGGCGGAUUUGGAUAUGGCUAUUACCCUGGCUAUUAUCCAUAUUACUAUCCCUAUUAUCAACCCCCAGCACCUACACCUAUAACAUGGCCUAUCACAAUUAUUGGCGGUAAUAAUACGGCACCUAUAAACGGUACAACAUCUACAAAUGGCACAGCUACCGUUCCCAAUCCAGCUGUGGGAUUAUAA